GCGCCCAGACGGAAGCGAGUCGCGAAGGCCCUUCGAGUCGAGGAGGAGAGCAGAGGAGAGAAUAGUCGCGUCGCCUGCUUAGCGGUGUGUCGCUUUUCCGCUCGGUGGUCGCAACCGUCGCAACUGGCUUUGCUUACAAAGCGAGCGCGGGCUGGCUGGUGAGUGGCGACGGUGGUGGCGAACGCUGGCGUCGCUAUGACGCAUACUUCUCGGUCGCCAUUCGCGGAACACGUCGAGGUCGGACCGCGUCUACCCGAUUUGCCAAUUGCUGUCUCCGCCAAGAUGUCGCAUAGCGCCCGAGGAAAAUAACGCGCUCACGAUCAACACAAUGGGACUCUCGGUGGGUGGACUCUGAAAACGAGGACAAUCGACGACGGAGCGUGUGUGUGUGUGUGUGUAUGUAUGUGUAUGUGUUACACGAUUCUGUACGAUGCGUGUGCGACAUCGACCACCGUGUACGGAAGCAACCUGUAUCCCGCUUCCUCGCGAGCAGCUCGAAAACUCGCAGGCACCUCGACCUACGCGAGCGUGAUCGUCGUCGAGCAACAUCUGGAAAGUGCGCUCACGAUCGCAAACCGUGUUCCGUGACCGUGUUCUGCGGUAUUGGAUCUUCCUGGAAAGCCGUGGAGGACACGCGUGAGCAGCUUCUUCGUUGAUAUGCUGUGCGAGCGCGCACAGGAUUAUCCUUUUUGUACUUAAUUUUACGUCGGGCGAGAGAGAAGGCGCGUGCGUCCUGCCUCAUCGUGAUCCCGACGGUAGCGCCUGUGAGGAGGCAUCAGAGAGAUAUGAACGCCUUGUGUAUCGUUUAUUAUCCGCAACGAAUGUGUAAGCAUUGAAAAUGUUACACAAGACUGUUACGACUUUCGUGCUGUUUUUCACCCUCGUAUCCGCCUACGAGCAUACCACCGCGGAUCAGUGCGAUUGGUCCGGAAGCGGAGGAGGAGAGCAUGGUGGUGUCCGACCAGUGUAUCUGCGCUGUGCCCGAGGAACGGUGUUGUGGCGUUAUCCUCGUGGAGCUCUGAGAGUGGUUCUCUCUUUCCCGGCUUCGUCCUCAGAGAAUUCUAUUCCUGGUCGCAGUAAUCUAGGUUUCCGCGCCUGUGUCAAGAUCUCGGGACCAGUACGAGUGUUCCUAGAAGGCAACGGUAAACUGAGGCCUCUCUAUUCUCCGUCCGAUGGCAAGCACGAGUUAUCUCAUCGCUGCUUCCACUCGCGAAAGCUCAUAGCUGCACUCUAUAUGGAAGCGGAGGACGAUUAUUCCUAUAAGAGGGAGAAAGUCAGACUGCAGUAUGACCUGGAGCCGAAUUCGUUGAAAGGAGGAGCAUUGCAUAUACCGGAAGAAGAAGAGGAAUGCAGACCUUGUUCUAUGGAGGAACUUGCCAAGGCUUAUUGCCAGAGUGACUUGGUCGCCAGAGGCACUGUCAGUGCGGUUCAACAGCGGUUCGAUUUGGAGGCUGAGGAAUUGGUGCUCAGGGUCACUAAGAUCCUGCGUCAAGUGGUCCAAGAAACUGAGGGUAACGAGACGGUAUCUGCGAAGAAAAGUGUACGUGUGAGGGUGCCAGCGGCGUGCGACGCACGACACGGUCUCGGCGAAUUCGUGAUAAUGGCCAAACGACGUCUCGGAGACCUGAUCUUGGUGUGUGCGCCCAGACUGGAGGCGUGGGCGAAUGCUGUACGGGAAAUGGACACCGCGCCUUGCGUCCUCAACAGCUAGCGGACGUGAUUUAAGGCGACCGCGCAUUGAGAAGCUGCAUACAAGCAACUGCAAGUUGAGCGUUGCUGGAUCACAGGUACGGCUACGAUAUUGUGCCAGACGUAACCAGAGAAUGUACGAAAACGCUGGCUAGUGAUACCGUGGCGCGACCAGCUACCGAUUUUUUCAUACAAGAAUACAUGCACAUUGUGUAUACAUAGGGAACAUCCAUUCUUCGUGUACAUAGCGCGCACUGUCCAUCGGACUGUCGAUCUCCAAACUGUGAUAUUAUUGUUGCAUUAAGAGGAACGUGGAAUAGCGCGCGUGAGCAACUAAAAGAAAAUUGCUCUAAUACUCGCUCUAGAGAACAAAGACCACAUUAUAUAAAGAAUAUCUCGCGGACAUCGCGCACUUUCCCUCAGCGGAUUUUUCGAUGCGCAUCCUUUUCUACCUGUAGUCUUUUGUAAUUUUUACACAUUGUUGCGGUACAGUUCAAACAUCUAGAAAAAGUUGUUAUAAAGUUGUAUUUAAAUAUUGUUAUAAAAUGUGAUACAUUCCUUACAGAGAAGUAACGAAUCUUGUAAAAUUCCUCAAAUCUUGUAAAAAAUUUUAUAAUGAUAAUAUAACUCACAAAUUGUGUUACAUGUAUAGAGGAUAAGAAACCGAUUUUUUCGGCUUAUUCUGUUAAAGAAGAGCUUAAUAUAUGUUUAAUUAUCUUUUCUCGAUCUGUCUUAUCGUUCGAAAUGGGCGGUUUUUCGUUUUUUGUGCCAUCUGAGAGAAAGCGCGCGAUAAUCAGGACACCCUAUGUACAUCGAAGUUUUCACGUACCACGAGUACGUUGACUUGCAGCGGAGUUGAAUAUAUUUUGUUUUAUAUUGGUUACAGUUAUAUAACAUUGUACAGAUUUAAUAAAUUGUAAGCGUUUUCUUUUUUUUUCUAUAAUUCCGAUGCUAAUCGGGAUAAACUGUUUUUGUCAGUAUAACAGAUGAUAUGUGCGAUAUAAAUAAAGAAGUUGUCUGGAAAAGCGA